GUUUACCUCCCGGUUGCGUGGCAACCAUCGUCUGUUUUCCUAGCUUAGCAAACUGUAGAACGAGAAAACCUAACCGAACAUUGCGGGGCAGUUUCAAAAUUUCAAAAAAAUUAGGACAUAAAGUUGCAUUCACUUUAUCUUCCUCCAUGAGCAGGUUAGAGUGUUUGGGGAAGUCCACCAGUUCACAGAAACAGUUGGCAGUAGAAGUCGCCUCUGCUGAUGCUGAGACCUGCAAACCCAAUGACACAGCAGAGGAAAAGACAGUCACUGAUAAACCUCACAGGAGUCUUCCUGCCCAUGCACUGCCUCAUUCUGUACAGGUUUCUUGCCAGGAGAGUCAAAGGUUUGGAUCUGUGAGUGGGGAAGUGCUGAAGACAGAAGGGUGCUCACCAAAGGAAUCCAUCAACACAACACCAAGGGUUGAAGAACAAGCACAGUCGACUGUGGCGCUUGAUGAAGAGCUGAAAAGGAAAUACUUGAGGAAAGCACAUUCCCCAGACUCAGCAGUAACAGGAGAAACGAUGCAUGCUCCUCCACCAAUUGAGCCCCUCCCAACACGUGGGGAGACAAAUGGGGAGGAAGAACAGACUGAAGUGGAGGAUGAUGGAGAUGAAGAACUGAAGGCUCCAGUGGAGCUGAUGAUUAAGUUCUUCAGAGCUGUGAUGGACAGAGACUUCCAGCUGGCCAGCAGACUGUGUCAGAUGAUUCUUAUCUAUGAACCAGAGAAUCCUGAGGCCUCCGAGUUCCUCCCGCUGAUCCAAAAGAGGCUGCUGGAAGAGCAAGAGACGGAGCAGAGCAACAACAAAGAUAAUGAUGAGGAUGAUAAUGAAGAUGAUGAUGAUGAUGAUGAUGACUCUGAAAGUGAUGAGGAAUCAUCUGCGAGCUCAAGCUGCUCAUCUUCCUCCUCCUCCUCCUCCUCACCAUCAGAUGAUGAUGAUGAUGAUGAAGAAGAAGAAGAAGAAGAAAAGCAAGUAAACAGACACAAGCUGUGCCCCCCUUCUCAUGUUUCCCCCUAAAUCUAUUAUAUUAAUACAACAGAAGCUAUGUUUGUUACUAUCAACAGAACAUUUUCUUUCCUUUGGAAAAUAUGUAUUUAAAUCCACAAAGCUCAUUUGCACAGUAGCAGCCUUCAUGCAUUUUGUUGACAAUUAUG